AUGAGAAACGUACCAUCUGAUCAGAAAACGACCGGCGGUUCGCUGCCUAAUCCAAAUCUUCAUAUCAUUGACCACCAAGUCACCUUCCAAGACCACAUCGGCAAUACUGCAAUAAGCGCCUGGUACGGACAAUGUAGACGAGGAGAAACGCCCGUCGCCCCACCCUUCUCCUUCCAAGUCUACGUGACGAAUGGUCUCUCCGCAUCCACCGACCUUCCCCGUAGCCUCCUCCAUACUCUUGUAGAUCCCCUAAGAGAGCCGGUGCAUUACCGCCUCGACGUCUUCUUCCUACCCCAAGGCACCUCAAGAGAGGAAUGCAUGGCGCACUACCGCGCCGAGAAGCAGGCGCGCGCAGGCAAUUGGCCAAUGCAUACCUUCCCUAGCUACUCGAAGCCGCAGGAUCCGCACGUUAAUUUUCUAAUUAUGGUCCAAGAGCGGGACUGGGUGGCUACGGAGGAGGAUUCUGUAGGGGUCUGCUGGUUUGAUCUACCAGACAUAUAUGUGGAGAGGAGCCCGGAUGAUCCUCUUGUUAAUGGGCCCGUCCACUGGAUCAAAAAGAUGAGGGUUAGAUUUAGGGAGGGUGAGUCCAUGGUGCCCAAGACGCUGGAGGAUGUGGGUAUGGACCUGUAUAACGUUGUGACACAGAAGUAUUGGACAAGACCGCUUAGGGAAGAGUACGACGAGUGGUAUGAACAGAACAAGGGAUAUGGUUGGUAG